UAAUUAAAGACCAAAACCAGUAGUUGGUAGGACGAGGAAAUCAUGGACAAUUUCAGACCCACGCUUAGGAAUUGGCAUUUUGAAAGGGACACGGCCGGUGCCCGUACUGAUCAACCAAACAUGUUCGCCCGCUCCCGUUCCGUCCAAGUCGCCGCUACUCCCGAUUUCAGGGCAGGCGCGCUGAUUCCAUGGCGACCGUCUGAGGAGAGAUCGAGAACAGGGCCCUCUGGCUUGGCCGGCCGCUUUUCUGGACAAGCUCUAUCGGAAGCGUAUCCCGGGGCCAGACAAAUGAGCCAGGUUUCCCCUCCAACUCCAGGAUUCACAGGCCAAGGACGGAAUCUGGAGCAGAACUCCGGAUUGACACGUAAUGAUCAUGAUAAGGGGUCGUCGAAGAAGUUUAGGAAAGAAAUAUACAAUCCUUCCCCGAAGAGGAUAUCGAGGAGGCUUAGCUUGUAUUACAGGGACAAUAGGAAGAAUAUUUUGAAUGGAACGGAGAAAGAUAGGGGGGAAGAUGAUGAUGAUAAAAGGUGUCCCAUUUGCUGGGAGGAUUUUGAGGCGAGAGAGGAGGUGAUGCUAACCCCAUGCAAUCACAUGUUCCAUGAGAACUGCAUCAUGCCUUGGGUUAAGACCCAGGCUCACUGCCCCGUCUGUCGCUUUGCAUUUGCCGACGAAAUGCUCCAAAUCAGAGAAACUACUACUACUGCUACAACAUCAAACCUCCUCGUAAACAAUAAUAACCAUGUUGCAUACGUGGCACCCACUCAUAGUAUUGCAGUAGAAGACUUUUUUGCGAUAUUAAGGGCAAUGGACGAAGCUCUUCAAUGGGGCUAAUUUACAUUUAUUUUUAUAUUCAGUGAUUUCCUCUUUGCUUUUAUAUAAUAAUUCCUUUUGAGCCA